AGGUCGAGAAGGUCUGGCGCAUAGAGAACGGCAAGCUGUGGCAGGCGUAUGCGGGAGUGCGGGCGUCGAUCUCUUACGUCUCCCCGAUAUCUGUGCAUCGUGCAAGACGGGAAGCAGCAUUGAGAUCCAGGGCGAGCGCUGCCAGCGAAGAGGCAUCCCGGUCGAGGUCAACCUGUGUCUGCCGGUGGGUGUCCGCGAUGUGCCGCCAGGACCGUACCGCACCAUCAAGUUUCGAAACGAAUCUUGAUGAUGCCCAGAGCGUCAUCAAGGCAGAGGAUGCUUGGGAGCGCGAGCGUCUGAAGAGAAUCUGGAUGAGCGACGACAAGGUGGAAGCGGAGCUCAACCUUAAGAAUCAGUUCCUGGACUCUCUCGGGCUGCAGCGAUUUAGGAACGAGGUGCUGCUAUUUCAUGGAUGCCCUGGCAAAGGGUCGAGGAAUCCGAUCCAGCUGGGCGACGACGACGCCCCUCGUUGGUCGCGACGCGGAGGACGAGCCGUCUCCCGUCGACGCGGUGUGCCAGCAGGGGUUCGACGGCCGCAUCGGCAGCCCGCAGGGGAUGCUCGGCGCGGGAACCUACUUCGCUGACAUGGCGAGCAAGGCAGACUGCUACGCGGGCAAGUACAACCCCCGCGGCGUCCCCGAAACCGACCGAGGCCAUGUCGACUACAAGCCGGCCACCAUGUUCCUUGCUCGCGUGGUCUUGGGGUGCCCAUACCUGACAGAGCAGGCUCUGGAGGGCAUCCGGAGGCCACCGUGCCAUCAUGGCCAUUUCGACCCUGGUGUCAAGGACGUUUCGGCGACCCAUGCAACGAGCACGCCAUGGAGCGACAAAGGGCUUCCAGGGGAACCAAAACCGCACGGAUAGUGUGAUUCGGCCUCCUCCUCCUCAUCCUCCUCCUCCUCCCCUUUUGUCCUCCUCAUCCCUUUCCUUCCCCCCACCCCCCAGGGCUAGUGAAUCGCACUAAGCAUCCCUGUAGUUUGGUGGCCCUCAGGCUUGAGAUCAAGCUCUGUGACCACAGCCAUUACGAUUCCGUGAUUUGCCCGUCCAUGCAGUACGAUUCUGAGAGACCCCCAAGACACGCUCCCCGCGCCCUGAAGGUUCUGAACAGCGAGUUCGUCGUGUAUGACAAGCAGGCGUACCCAGAGUUCCGGGUGCAGUACAGGAGAGUCAAGAGACGCUGGGCCACUACGGGGACUCAGUAACGAACGCGUCGUCUACGCUAAGCCUGCGCAUCUGGGGCUCCAUGAGCAGCGUAAGGUCGUCAGGAGAGCUGUGGGGUUGUAUUCCUUGGGCGACCAAGCCUUCUGCGGUGCCCCCCGUCCAUCUCCCGCCAAUGCCGCAGCAAUUGGACGGAGACACAGUACGUCCAGGCUGCGUGUACGUCGCCAUAUCCAAUCCCACCAGCCCUCUGGGCGUCGGUGGUUUAGGGAGUUCCCUCUUCCACCCUUCCUUCUUCCCCUUCGGGGAGGGCUCCGCCUCCACGCUUUCCCUCCCCCGGCGAGCUUCUGCACCCGGCGCUCUGGCAGGCAGCAGUCGGUUCA